GUUUUUACACACAAAAACGGUCAAAGGGAAAAUUCGAAUAGGAGUACGCACGCUACAUCAAAAAACGCCAUUUUGUUUCCGAAAAAAGAAGAGAAAACACUGUUAAAAUGUCUGAAUUUGAAGAAUUUGAACGACAAAUGGCAGAUAUUAAAGAAGAAAAACCCAAGGAAAAAUCACGAAGGUCUCGUUCAGGGUCCAGGUCUAAAAGCAAGAGAUCAAGAAGUAAAGACAAAAGUAAACGCAGAUCCAGGUCUCGUGACAGGUCGUCUAGAACAGAAAGAAAGAACAAAUCUAGAAGUCGUUCCAAGGAGAAAAGCCACAGAAAAAAGAAGGCUUAUAAAUAUUGGGAUGUUCCUCCAACCGGUUUUGAGCACAUGACACCAAUGCAGUAUAAAGCACUCCAAGGCUCAAAUUUGUAUAAUCCAGCUGCUGGUCAGAUUCCUCAGGCAAUCCCAAUGCCUACAACAAAUAUCACCAACACAACUGUUCCUUUUGCUGGAAGUGCCAUCAGUAGACAAGCCAGACGACUGUAUGUUGGAAAUAUACCUUUUGGAGUGACAGAGGCUGCCAUGAUGGAUUUUUUCAAUGACCAAAUGAAAAUGAGUGGCUUAGCCCAGGCGGAAGGAAAUCCAGUCAUUGCAGUACAGAUCAACUUGGACAAGAACUUCGCUUUUGUGGAGUUUCGGUCGGUUGAUGAGACAACACAGGCAAUGGCCUUUGACGGCAUAAAUUUCCAGGGUCAGUCCUUGAAGAUCCGGCGACCACGUGACUACCAGGUUUUACCAGGCAUGUCUGAAAACCCAUCUGUGGCUGUUCCUGGUGUGGUAUCAACUGUGGUGCAAGACUCGCCAAACAAAAUCUUUAUUGGUGGAUUACCAAACUAUCUAAAUGAAGACCAGGUGAAGGAACUUCUCACAUCGUUCGGACCACUGAAGGCGUUUAACCUGGUGAAAGACAGUGCUACAGGCUUAUCUAAGGGCUAUGCAUUCUGUGAAUAUGUUGAGAUGAUGGGUGGACCAUCUGUCACCGAUCAGGCUUGUGCUGGCCUGAAUGGUAUGCAGCUGGGAGACAAGAAGCUGAUAGUGCAGCGUGCCAGCGUAGGGGCCAAGAACGCAUCUGCCAUGCCUGUACAGUUACAGGUGCCAGGCCUGAACCUCAACCAGGGCAGCGGGCCAAUCACAGAGGUGCUCUGCCUCAUGAACAUGGUCACCCCUGACGACCUGGAGGAUGAGGAGGAAUAUGAGGACAUUCUUGAGGAUGUGCGAGAGGAAUGCAGCAAAUAUGGCAUAGUGAAGAGUCUGGAAAUCCCUCGACCUAUCAAGGGCAUUGAUGUCCCCGGAUGUGGAAAGAUAUUCGUUGAGUUCAACUCAUUGAUAGACUGCCAGAAGGCCCAGCAAGCCCUUACAGGCAGGAAGUUCUCCAACAGAGUUGUUGUCACAUCAUACUAUGAGCCGGACAAAUACCACCGCAGAGAGUUCUAACUGGCUCCUGUACUACAGACUCUUGGGCUGCUCAUGUGUCACGCGGGAUUUUUUUUAAACAUCUUGUGAAGGGUGUGGAUUGUGAAAUAGCUUUAUGUGCAUGUAUAUAAGUAUUACAAUCUUUGAAAACGAAUAUAAAAAUACAGAAUCAAAUGGGGAAAAAAAGAUUUUGUAAGUCAAACAGAACCUUAGUAUAGUAUGGAGAACAGGAAUAAAACAAGUAACCCGGUACAGUCGAUUGGUGUAUAACGGAUAGCUAAGGACUUAGAGUCUCAUUUCAACGUAAACACCAUGCAUUCAGUAAUUAAACCUAGAUAGACACAUGUCUUUCCUAUUGAAACAUGCCAGCGGUUUUAAAUUUCCGAAAAAAGUUAUUUGUUUACAGCGCGAAUUUCAUGAUACACUGAUUCAGCCAUUACCGGAUCGCUUAGGUCUUCAUCGGAUUACAAUUGUAUCGUGUUAUUUCUUGAAAUUUGACACAGCAUUUGUAAAAAAUAAUUGCAAUAUAUGUACAUUUCCAGAAAGAGAAUUCAUUUCUGCGUUUAAUAAGACCAAGUUCAUGGAAAUCGCUACACAAUUGAUGAAGUAAUGGCUGUUCAAAGCCAUGCACCAUAUAUUCGGGUCAUUUUGAGUUGAAUACCUUGUUAUAUAUAUAGAUUUGAUAGUGAAAAAUAUGUUUUCAGAUAAAUCGAUUUUUAAUUUAUAAUUUGAUUAUUUUUCAUCAAAAAUGAUGUUUUCACUAUUAAAUAGCAUAUCCACACGCUAACCACAUGUGUAUUGGACAACUUCAAUUGAGUUUAUAUUUAUUUUGAGACAAUCCCCACAAUCCUGAAUAUGGGUCAUCUCAUGUCCGUUAUUCACUAAAUCCCGAGUUGCAGCUUUCAUGCUUAUUUUAUAUGGUACGCAUCAAUUUGGUUUCUGAGCAUUCUUACUUUUGUAAAGGACACAUAAUACUAAACUAUUACAUCAAUGAACAUUAUGUUUACCAAACAAAAUCUGCAAAAUUCAAGAAACCAUUCGUCUGCACUUUUCCUGUCGUCACAAAAACGGUGCGUACAUAACGUGACCUUGUUUUGCUUUCGAAAAAAGAAACAGUUGUAUACAUUGAAACACGUCAACAAAAACAUAAAUAGACUUAACAAUGAUAGGCUUUUUGUAUUCAAUUCAUAGAAAACUAUAAAUCUUAACAUAAAUAAAAGUAUUUUGCAAAAAAUGUUUAACCUAUCCGUUACUCACUAAAAUCCGCCAUACACCAAUCGACUGUACUCCUGUUAAAUUGUUUAAGCCAAUUCAUGUCAACAAUGUUAAAGAAAAUGCAUAUCUGAUAAUAAUCUUAGAAGCGCCCUUAUUAUCAUCAGUCAUUAUUUUUUAACAAAUAGUCGUAUGGUAUAUCACUUAUUCUCCUUGUCAUGUUUUUGAGUCGUUUGUGUAUAUGCUGCUUACGAGUUGAGCCUUAUAUCAAGAUAAGACCUGGUUUUAAGCAAUUGAAGUAAGAGGUCAAAUAAUAUUUGCGAUGUUAUUUAGAGGUAAUACAAUUCACAACAUGAACAGUUGACACAUGUAUUGUUUCAUAUUUAUAAUAUCCAUUAAUGACUUACAUGUUUUGUCAAUAAAUUUAAAUCUUA